UUACUUUUAGGCAUUUAACAGUAGCCUGAAAAAAAAAAAAAUCUAGUAAUUUUGUCAGAGUGAGAGAAUGGGGGUCUUACCUUAUCUCUCUUCUUCCUCUGUAUACUCAUCUGUAUUUCCCCAACUUUCUCUCAUCCCUAAAUUUUCACAACCCAAUUUGAACUCAAAUUUGGUUGGAUUUCGUGUGAGAUCAAGUUUGGAGGAACGCAAUUCUGAUACUGGAAUUUCAGGCAGUUCUUCAAAUGAAAACACUAAAAAGGAUGAUCAAGUUGUAGCCUCUCGAAGACUUUGCCUUACUUGCUUAUGUUCAACUAUAGCUUUGAUAAGCCCCUCGGGUAAUUCCUCCAAACAAGAAGCCGUUGCUGCUGAAGUUAAAGAGAGAGCAGUUUGCCGUAAUUGUAAUGGUAGUGGAGCUAUCAUAUGUGAUAUGUGUGGUGGUACAGGAAAAUGGAAGGCUUUGAAUAGAAAGCGUGCUAAAGAUGUAUAUGAGUUUACCGAGUGUCCUAAUUGUUAUGGUCGAGGAAAACUUGUUUGCCCUGUUUGUUUGGGUACUGGUUUACCGAAUAAUAAAGGACUUUUGAGAAGGCCCGAAGCAAGGAAGUUGCUGGAUAAGAUGUAUAAUGGUCGGCUACUUCCGGGUUCUUAAACAGAGGAUCGAUGCAAAACCCGAAAGAAAAAUGGUGUCGUCUUCAACCUUUAGAUUGUACACGGCAAAGCAAUGUGAACGUUUUGGGAAGAGUUCCAGAUAUGUAUGUAAAGUAUAGUAUGAGCUUGUUCAGCUAUAGAAUCCUGCCUAAAUGUGGUGUAUACUUCAGUACAUUUUGGUUUGCUUAAUUUCAAUGUUAUAAUUAUCCCAUUUAACCUUCGGGAUGGGAAAAUAUACACAAAAAAUUAGUGAACAAUUCACACCCCAUUCUUCUUA